AUGGCGCCGUCAAAAAAUAGUUACGUGUUUAACAAAAAGGACAACGACGACAAUAAUAUAGAAAUGAGUGGUUCUAAGAUAAGUAAACUACAAUACAGCUAUGAAGAGGCCUUGGAAAUAACUGGACAUGGGAAGUACAACUACGGUCUGCUCUUAACCUGCUUCGUGCUGAUCAUCGCCAUGGGCAUCGACAUCUUCGGGUUAGGCAUCAUUGUCACUGCUUCCACCUGCGACCUCAACCUGACCCUGAGUCAGAUUGGGAUACUAUCGUCCAUGUCUUUUGCUGGUAUAAUUGUGAUGUCGUACCCUUGGGGCUACCUGUCUGACACGAGGGGCAGGAGACUGGUGCUGAUGUGGGCUAUGAGCGGCAGCUUCAUCAGCUCAGCCAUCAGCAGCCUGUCUCCAUCCUGGCAGGUGCUGGCAGCUCUGAGGUUUAUUAGUUCAGCAUUGUCAAGUGCAGCGGAGUCGGCUACUUACGCCCUGAUUGGAGAGUGCUGCGGCGUCAAGGUCAGAGCCAAGUACAUGCUGCUCAUCACCAGCGCACUGAUGAUCACACCUACCCUGUAUUAUAUAACCGCCUACCUCAUAAUGAAGCUGGACUUCACCUACUACCUCCUUGGCAUCGAGUACCGACCCUGGCGUCUCCUGACCCUCAUCAUGGCACUGCCACUGGGGCUUAGUGCCCUCCUCCUGUGGUACUUCAGCGAGAGUCCCAAGUUCCUGGCCAAUGUGGGGAGGAAUGAGGAGGCUGUGAAGGUGCUGAAGAGAAUCUACGUGGCUAAUGGACAUGAUGGGGAUGCGUUUCCUGUGAAACAAAUCUACCUCGAGGACGGUAACAAAGAGGAAGUUGGAGUGUUCUCCCUCCACUCUCUCUGGACCCAGAUAGCGCCCCUCUUCAAACCCCCUCUGCUAUGGAAGACUGCCUUGUUGUAUUACCUCACCUUUGUCACUUAUAUCGCUAACAACAGCUUCGCCAUCAUCCUGCCGACGAUCUUCAACAUAUUCUUCACAUCGUACGCCACCAGUGCAGCUGAUGCGUCCUUCUGCGACUUAUUCCAUCUCAGCAAUACCACUACUAGUGAUGUGGAGAUGGAGCCGACCAGCUGCAAGAACAGCAUCGAGGACAACACAAUCUGGGCAGGCUGUGCUCAUGGCAUGUCAUUCUUCCUGCUCAAUGCUCUCAUCUCGCAGUUUGCUGGGAAGAGAAAGCCAAUGACCAUCGUUAUCUUGCUGAUAGCUGCAGCAGCAGGCGUCGGCAUCAACAACACUGGUGAAGCCAUAUCAGGGCUGGUCCUCUUCUACAUCUUCCUCACCACCGCCAUGGUCUUCGGAAUCAUCUCGUCGUACUUCGUGGAUUUGUACCCUACUUCAUACAGAGGUAUGAUAGCCUGCCUGGGCAUGAUGGUUGCCCGGCUGAGCGCGUUUGCAGGCACAAACAUACUGAGUGGCGCCAUGACCGACCACUGCUCAGUGGCGCUGUACUCCGGAGCUGGUAUCGUACUCAGUGGUGCUGUAGCAGCUUUGUUCUUGCCUUCAGACAGGUCGAUACGUUCGUGA